AUGUACGAGGCGGCACGGGCGACAGACAAGGCAACGUGCGAGGCCAACAUCGACAAGAUCGCGGCCCUCAACCCAGCUGCCGGGGAGUACAUCCGCCUGCAACCCCGCCACGAGUGGGCGAUGUACGCUACCCGCGGCAACGUCGUCCAAGACCAGGUCACGUCCAACAUGUCGGAGACGGCCAACAACAUGAUAGGACCGGAUCCCGCAAAGCUCUUGGAGCUCCUCGACGAGGGAUACCGCUUGGACAAGGUCCGUGCCGCUGCAUCGGACGAGCGAUACCGCGUCACCCCCCCCGUGUGGGCCGCCUUCAGCGUCAACCCCAACCACAAGCCACCCCUGCCGGUGGACGGGCAGGCGGGCCGCCGCAAGACCAAACGCCAGACCAGGCGCAAGAUGAGCAACGGCGAGUACGCGACGACCUCGCGGAGCUACGCUCUCCACCUGGCGAGGUCCAACGCCCAGGGCGCCUCCGCUUCCGCCUCCGCCUCGGUGGCGGCCGCGGCCUGCGCCCACGCCAACCACACCGCGAACCUCUCGCAGGGGCAGCCGCAGGGCUCGGGGGAGACGUAGACUGGCAGGGGUGGACCUAGCCUAGCCUAGCCUGGCCAUUGGUGAGGUGGCCGGCACUUGCUACUGGGGGCUGUGUAGUUGGUUCUUGCGUGGUGCGUGCACCUUGUGCGAUGGUUACUGCAUGUGCCACUCCUGGUUUUGGGCAGGGGUGGACCUACCCUAGCCUAGCCUUGCCAUUGGUGAGGUGGCCGGCACUUUCUACUGGGGGCUGUGCAGUUGGUUCUUGCACGGUGCGUGCUCCUUGUGCGAUGGUUGCUGCAUGUACGACUCCUGGUUUUGGAUGGUGACGGGG